AUUGCGCCAAAUACCAAAAUUCUUUUUGCGCAAUCUCCAGCAAUGGCGCCGCAUCUCGCCGGCUCCAAAAAGCGGCGCCGUGAGCCCGUCAAUGUAAACACCAAAUUAAUGGAGAUCUAUGAAGACCUCGCCAGUGAAAACGACGAGGUCAGACUAAAGGCAGCGCAAGAGCUUGUCUCUCAGUUCACACCGGACAAGAGUCCCGGUGAUGAGGAUAUCCAGAAGGCACUGCAGAGGUUGUUUCGCGGGCUCUGUAGCAGUCGCAAAGCGGCGCGCAUUGGGUUCUCUAUUGCCUUGACUGAGAUGCUCACUCAGGUCUUUGCUGUUGGUCGUUCGAGUUCGUUGGAUGUACAGGGAGUGCUAGGGGUCUGGAAAGGGGUUUCAGAUGCCUCAGGAGGCGAAUCGGGACAGGAAGCAAGAGAUCACCAUUUCGGUCGGCUUUUUGGUGCAGAGGCCAUCAUCAAGUCUGGUAUACUAUUUAACCCUAAGACUCUGCUGCGUGAGUGGACUAAGGUCCUAGACUUGGUUUUCGACCUGGCUAAAAAGAAACCUUGGAUUCGGGAAGAGUGCGGCUGGAUUGUAUAUCGCUGUAUCCACGAUCUCGCCUCUCAGAAGGCUGACGGCAAACUCGUGGAGGUCGCCAUUGAGAGACUGUGCUCCAAUGACCUGGCACGAACACCAGAGGGUGUUGCGAUCUGGCUUGCUGCUAAAGAUAUGUUUAGCGACAUUAGCUUCGUGAGCAAAAUGUGGAAACACGAUGACCCGCUAGACUCGAAGGAGAGGAACCAGCUAGCAAAAGUCAUGAAGGAAUCUUCUACUGAGACAGAUGGUGAAGGAGAUAAGGGCGCAAAAGCGUCUGGUUUCUGGAACUCGAAGCUUCACUUUGCUUGGGAUGCUGCCUUGGCGAGCCUGAAUGGCACGAAAAAUUCAAAGUCUCGUCUGAACUUUGUUGAUUUCUGGACAGAAAUUGUCGAUAAUGGGCUAUUUGCAGCCGCCUCAUCGGAAGAAAGGAAAUACUGGGGCUUCUCCCUUUUCAUCAAAGUGAUCAACGAGCAUAGUCUGCAACUGGCUUCUCUCGUGUUCACUAAAAAUCUGAUCCGGUGUCUUACAAACCAACUGGCUGUUGAGGACCGCUAUCUCCAUCGCAUGGCUGUAAAGGCUGCAAAGGCCAUCCAGGCCCGCGUAGCCAAGGAGCCAGCUUUUGCCGCGGCGUCGGUCAAAGGCCUCAUGGGUUCCGCCGGCGCAGUGAAUUUUGACCAAAUAACCAAGACGAAGACGGUAGAGAAAAUUGUGUCCGAAGCUAACUUGGAUGCCCUGAACACGAUUUUGCCUCUUUUCGAGCAACUGGUCGCCUCCCCUGGAACAACAGACAGCAAAGCCGCUGCGUCGAACCGCCAGGUCCUGGCGAGCUUGCUGUUAUCGAUGGUUCGGGCUCGUGUGUCUGCUAGCGAUGCAGCGGAUGAGGCCUCGGAAGCUGCGCUUGAGAGGAUCCUCUUCAUAUUUGCUCGCUUUGCAUACUUCACAAGCGAAGGUGGUAAAGGUAGUGCUCAGCCACUGUUCACGCAGCAAAGCCAGGAACUGUUCCGGAGCAGGAUUAAUUCCUCUCUGAACAGCAUUAUCGCGGCUCAGAAACAUGCGGCUACACUACCGUACGCGAUUGUGCGUAAGAUUCGCGACGCGGCAAAGUCGGAGGAGUUUGGCAAGUUCAUUAUUGGUAUGGACGGCGCCCUAAAAGAUUCAGUGAAGGGGGCUUUCAAAGCGCUGAAGAGGCUAUCAAGCAUGGAGAAGAAGGAAACCGCAGCUGGCGUGGAGGCAUUCAAGCUCCUUUACUCUAUGACAAUACUGCAGGUUUACAAUGGCGACGCAGAUGCUGCGUCAAUGCUGGAUGAACUAGACUUUUGCUAUAACAAAUUUUUCGCAGACAAGAAGUCCAAUAAGGAAGAAGAGACCUCUGAAGCCUCGGAUGCCCUCGUUGAAAUUCUUUUGAGUUUUGCCUCGAAGCAGUCUCAGCUUUUCCGUCGUAUGAGUGAGCAGGUCUUUACCGCGUUCGCUCCGAAUGUCACUGCAACUGGGCUGGAGUCUUUGACCUCGGUUCUGGAAGCCAAAGAAAGUCUGGCAGGCCAACAAGAGAUGUUCGACCAGCAAGACGACGAAGACGCUGAGGAAGACGAAGACGAAGACAUGAUGGACGUCGACGAAAUGGACAGCGACGUUGAAGUUGUAGAGCCUGAAGACAACGACAAGGACGACGACGCCUCCCUCCCUUCAGACCAAGAAGCCCAAGAAGACGACGACGACGACGGCGAAGACGCGGCCGAGAUUGCCGCCUUCGAGGCCAAACUCGCCUCAGCCCUCGGCACCCACCGCGCCGACCAAGACCUGAAUGAAGAAGAAUCAGAAUCCGACGCCGACAUGAACGAUGACGAAAUGGAAGAAAUCGACAACCAGCUGGUCAAAGUCUUCAGAGCCCGCCGCGACGCCCUGAGCAAAAAGAACGACAAGAAGGACGCCAAAGAGACAAUGGUCAACUUCAAGAACCGCGUUCUCGACCUCCUCGAAAUCUACGUCAAGAAUAAGACAUGCCAUUCGUCGCUCCUGGCACUUGAUCUCAUCCUGCCUCUGCUCCGGCUCACAAGACGUUCGUCAGUCAAGCAAAUCAGCAACAAGGCGAACUCAGUGCUGCGCGAAUAUACGAAACUCUGCAAAGGUGCUUCACUCCCGACUCUGCGAUCUGAAGAUGUUGAGGCUGUCUGGGAACUGUUGAGAGCUAUCCAUGCGGAGGCAAUGCAUAGUGGCCCACCGGCACAUGCUUCUGGUUGUAGCCAGGCAAGCUUGCUAGUUGUCAAGGUCUUGACAGCGCACGACAAAGAGGCUGUCAAGGGGGUAGUGGAUAUCUAUGGCGAUACGAGGAAGGCCCAGCUUCUGAGCUCAAAGUGCCAUGUGCAGCCGACAUUUUUCACUGAUUGGAAUAACUGGUGUGUGUCGGCAGGGAAAGCGAUGAAGAACUAG